UUUAUAGGCUAAUGGAGUGUUACUGUCUGUCAUUGUCAUAUCCAGAAAAGAGUAGUAAGAGGGUGAAGAAAACACCACGUGUGUGUGUGUGUAAGAUCCCAAAAAAAGGAGAAGAGAUAGGGGAGAAAAAACAAGGUUGGACAGCCCGCCAAACGCAUGUGUCAGAGAAGAUAAGACUCACAAAACACGUGAUACAGCAGGAUGUACUCUACCACAUCCGUUCCGCCCCAAAACACACACUCAUUUCCUGUGUAUGAUCCAACGCUCUUUUCUGCUGCAGCUUAUCAUAGGACUUCAGACACAAAGGGUCAGCUGUCAUAAAGCCACUACAUAAUGACAGCAAGUUUGGCUGUUCUCAGGACUGAAUGGAGCAUUUAAACACUUUCCAAAUGACAGAUUCACAGAGCUGACACUGAAGAAAUAACAUCAUGGGGAGCCAAUGCUCAAAACUCAGGAGGGGCGAAUCAAAGAGAAAGGAGUGUUACGAACCUGAUCAGAAGAAAGAUGAGGUUUCCACCACAGUGAAAAGUGGAGAAAAAUCUAAUUUUCUCCAAAAAAGGCCAUGUCUGCAGGAGGAGGAGGGAGUCGUAAGGGAGACAACAAAUGAGGGAACUUUAGGGAGGAAAGAAAAAAUAGAAGCUUGCUCUGGAAAAAUGGGUUUUCAUGAGAAGAGCAGCACUCUGCCACAGGAAUACACUGUGGUUGAAGUUAACACCCCAAGUGCUGGCAUUGGAAAAACUGUCUCUGUGAAGAAGUUCAUCCUUGACUGGGCAGAUGGUGGAGCCAAUCAGGAUUUGGACUUUAUCUUUGUGCUACCAUUCAGAGAGCUAAAUCUGGUCCUAGAUGAUCAGUUUAGUCUUGAGACACUUGUGAAAGACUUCCAUCCAGAACUUAAAAACAUAGCAGUUGCAAGAAUAUUUGCCAAAUACAAAGUCUUGUUCGUUUUUGAUGGUCUUGAUGAAAGCCAACUUCAACUGAAUUUCAAAACAACCAAAAGACUGACAGAUGCCACUAAGGAAUCAUCGGUGGACACUCUGGUGACCAAUCUAAUCCGGGAACAUCUUCUUCCCUCCGCUCUUAUCUGGAUAACCUCAAGACCAGGAGCAGUUCACCGCAUCCCUCGUCAGUAUGUGUACCAAUGGACUGAGGUCAAAGGAUUUAAUGAUGAGCAAAAAAUACAGUACUUCGAGAAGAGAGUUCAGGACAAGGCAGUUGCUCAACGAAUUAUUAACAACAUCAAGAUAUCCCGGAGUUUAUACAUUAUGUGUCACAUACCUAUCUUCUGUUGGAUUGCGGCAAAAGUUCUUGCGUGGUUGCUGCUAGAAAAGGACAACACUCAAGAUGAAAACAUAAAAAUACCUACAACUCUUACUGAGAUGUACACUCACUUCCUUUGCAUUCAAAUGCAGGUAGCUACUGAAAAGUAUGAUAACCAGAAUGAGUCUGAUAAAGAGAUUAUCUUUAAGUCAAAUGAAGAAUUCAUUUUAAAGUUAGGCAGGAUGGCAUUUGAACAUCUGAAAGAAGGCAAAAUCGUAUUUACUGUCAAUGAUCUGAAAAAGUAUGGUAUUGACAUACAGAAAGCUGGAGUUUACUGUGGGUUGUGCACAGAGAUAUUCAAAGAAGAGAAUGUCUUUAACACACGGAAACUCUACUGCUUUGUGCAUCUGACAGUUCAGGAGUACUUUGCUGCUUUGUUUGUGUACCACAGUUUUGCAAGUAAAACAAAUAGCUCUCCAAGCCUCAAGGACUUCCUGCUCAUAGGGUCUGAGGAAGAGCUCAAGUCUAUCUUGGAUGCUGAUCCAGUUGAUUUACCUGUGGAUGAGCUGAUUGAAAUUUUAAUAGCCAAUUCAACUCUGAGAAAGACAGGAGAACUGGACAUGUUCCUCAGGUUCCUCAUUGGUAUGUCUCUACAAUCAACACAAAAACUGCUUUAUGGCCUGAUUCAGCAGACAGAUGAACAUUCUGAAGUUGUUGAGGAAAUUAAGAAAAGUCUAAUAGAAAUAGACUUAGCGGACUGCUCAGGUGAAAGAUGUCUGAACCUUGUUCACUGCCUGAUCGAGCUGAAAGACAGUUCCCUACAUGAUACUGUGAAGCAGAGUUUGCAACAAAAUCACAGGCCAGAAAGACAGCUCUCUCCUGUUCAGUGCUCAGCUCUGGCUGACUUAAUUCUAAUGUCAAAUACGUCCCUAGAUGAAUUCAGCCUAAACAAAUUCAGACCAUCAACAAGAGGUAUUUUUAGGCUUCUCCCAGCUGUGAGGAACAGCAAAAAAGCAAGACUAAACCGAAAUCCACGGACUGCAGACAUCUGUAGGGAGUUGGUGACAGCAUUCACAUCCAAACCAUGUUAUCUGAGAGAUCUGGAACUGAGUUACGCCAAUUUUAAAGACUCAGAAAUGGAGAACCUCUCUACUGGUCUGAUGAACACAAACUGUACUCUUGAAAUAUUGAGUCUCGGUCACAACAGACUCACUGAGAAAGGUUGUAAGGUGUUGGCCUCAGUGCUCAGCUCCAAACACUCCCACCUGGCAGAGCUGGACCUGAGCUACAAUGACCUGCAGGACUCAGGAGUGAUGGCGCUGUGUAAUGCACUGAUGAACCCACACUGUGGUUUGAAAAUAUUACGUCUGUCAUUCUGUAAAGUGACAGGAGAUGGAUGCGCUGCCCUGGCCUCGGCUCUGAGGUCUGACCACUGCAGCCUCAGGGAGCUGGACCUGAGCUUUAAUCACCUGACAGAUCAAGGAAUCAAACUGCUGACUGAAAUACAGAGGGAUUCACGCUGCAGUCUGGAGAAACUCAAUGUGGACCAAAAUGAAGAGUACUGGUUUGACUUGAAGCUGCUGAGACGAUAUGCCUGUGAUCUGACACUGGACCCCAACACAGCAGACGUGAAUAUCAUUUUGACAGAGGAGAACAAAAAGGCAGCAUAUGUUAGUGAGAAGCAGCCAUAUCCUGAUAAUCCAGACAGAUUUGCCUGCUAUCAAGUACUGUGUGAAGAGGGUCUGACCGAUCGCCAUUACUGGGAGGUUGAGUGUUUUUCAGCUGAUGUUGGAGUGACAUACAAGAGUAUAGCCAGGGUGUCAGAUGAUUCAACUGAAAUGUCUUUGGGAAAAAAUGAAAUGUCUUGGUGCUGGUUUUGUGAAGGGAAGUUUUAUCAUAACAAUUCCUGUCUGGAGUUUAUGGACUGUGCUACACACCGUAGUACCAUAGGAGUGUAUCUGGACUGGCCAGCGGGUAUUUUGUCCUUUUUUGAAGUCUUUCCUGAUACACUGACCCACCUGUACACUGUGCGUACAACUUUCACUGAGCCACUGCAUCCUGGUUUUCGUCUGUAUCCUGAAGAGGACAGCAACAUAAAGAUCAUGCCCCUGUCACGGCACUAGAAACUCCUCCUGCAGGUUGGGGCACCUGCACUGAGAUGGGUGACAUCCUGGCUGGAUAGUGUUAGCCCCUCUUGCUGAAGCUGAUACUCGUUUGUCAGUGUUGAUACUUAUUUCUUCCCACACUGUAUGACUCAACUUCCAUAGAAAUCUAGUUUUAUAGAUUAUUUUAUAGAUAUUUACUCAUCUACUUUCACUUUUUAACUGACAUGAUAGAAUCUGUUUAUAUGUAAGUCAGAAAAAAACCCAAAUAGUACAGUAAUGUAUUCAGACCAUACAUGGAAUGCAUUUUGAGCUCCUAAAAUUUGCACCUCUCAUAUCUGGUUGAAAUGUUGAGUGAAACCACCAGCAUUAGUAAAGACACUGUUCUUCCCUCCCUCACUGGUGAAAAUAUACAGUACUGUAUGCACAGUAUGGGUGUGCUUUUAGGCAAACAAGAGGCACAGAUGGAUGAAUGUUCCAUAUUAAUCACAUCUGUAUGAAAAAGCUGUAUAGAGUGUAUGUAUAACCUUUGUUAUUUUUUUUCUAUUUCCAAUUAUAUCUGUAUUUUUUUUUUAUAUCUACAUUUUUUUAUUUAAUGUGUAUUUUCAUAUCUGCAGUGUUGUAUAUGGAGCUGCUGUAGCGAGUAAAAUUCCCCAGUGUGGUAUCAAUAAAGUCUGUUAUCUUAUCUUAUCUUACCUUAUGAAUGUACAAUGAAGUUGGAUGUGUAUGUUUGUUCUUGGAUUGAUUUAUCAAGUUUGGAAUAAAUACCUUGUAAGCAUUACACUCAGUUCUGAAGGCUAACAGAAGCCCCUCUGUGUGAGUAUGUGUUUGUAGUCGUACGUGCGCGACUUCAGUUUAAAAAUAAAAAAGAUGAAAUUUUUGUCUAAUGUGAAUGAAGUCUAAUAAAAGAAGUGUUGCAGCAUU